UUUCUCGUAAAGACAGACCUUCUUGUCCACUCCCAAUUUAUAUAAAUAAAAGGCUAGUCUAUAAACAUAUUCAAUUUCAAGAAGGUAGUGUGCAGAAAGGAGUUGUUCAGGAUGGGUUUUCUAAAAGCAUUCAUUGCUUCAGCUUUCUUUUAUGCAUUGCUACUUCCUGGCGAAUGCAUCACAGGGGGAAAGGAAUCUACACCACACUCCCACCCCUACAUGGCCUCACUGCAAGUGGAAGGUGUACACAAUUGUGGUGGAUUCCUGAUCUCUAGCCAGUGGGUUAUGAGUGCUGCACACUGCUUCCAGGAGGGCAAAAAAUAUAAGGCGGUGUUGGGUGCCCAUUCCCUAUCUCAGGCAGAGGACACAAAGCAAACUUUUGACCUGUCUGCUGUCUAUAAUCAUCCUGAUUUCAACAAAGACAACUACAAUAAUGACAUUGCCCUGAUCAAGCUAAGUCAACCAGUCACAGAGACUAAUGCGGUAAAGACUGUGAAGUUCCUGAAAGCAGGAGGGAGUAAUCCUGAUACAAAUUCUCCUGUGUUAACUGCUGGGUGGGGCUCUCUAGACAACCUGGGCGACCGUCCAGACAAACUGCAUGAGGUGACUGUUGAUGUAAUGAAGAGGACGAUCUGUGGUCGCAGUACCUCCUAUGGGAAAUCCUUUACAGAAAAUAUGCUCUGUGCUAGCAAACCUGGCAUGGACACCUGUGAUGGUGAUUCUGGUGGUCCUCUGCUCUAUAAGGGUGUUGUUGUGGGAAUAACCUCAAAUGGAGGGAGGAAAUGCGGUUCCACCAAAAAGCCUGGACUCUACACCAUUAUAUCACAUUAUGAUGAUUGGAUCACCCGCACUAUGACCCAGUAACAUGUCAGCAGUCUGACUCACAAAAUAAGCCAUUUCUUUUUGCUGCAUCUUACUAUAUUUUUAAGGUGGGUUAAUUUUCACCUCAUUAAUCUGGCCUGUCUACAGCCUUUAUUAACGUUUAUGUUCUUUUGCUUGUUGUGAUGAAACUCUUUGAGGUCACACUGGUCACAGAUGCUGUGCACCUCUCUGGUCAUUUACAGCAUGACAAGAUACUUGCUAUAACUCAGUUGUAUACAGUAUUAACAUUUCUUAUUUUUGAAAGUUAAACAAUUUAUUCUGACAUUGUGUAUAACUAUACUGGAUUUCUUCAGAGUUCAUACCAAACCUGAAAAUGUAUUAGUUCUCAGCAUACAAGAGAACAGAUUUUAGAGUUAAUGCAUUUUUUAGCAUCAACUUUCAACAUUUGAACUGACUCCUUGGUUUGGCAUAUACCACCUACAUCAAUAUACAUAUACAUUAUCUUUACCACUGCAAACUUUCAAUAAAAUGUUUAUUAAGAUUGAA